AGCAGUCUGGGAACGCUUGCGUUCUCCGUUAUAGGCAGGCAGAGCGCCGGCGUGAUGGAGCCCUUCUUUAACAUCAUCCGCCAGCUCAAUGUUUCCUCCCGUCUGGACAUCUCCUGGAUAGACCCUAGCGGCGCCGACUUUGCUGAUGGCGUUAAGUUGUGCGACACCAGCUCGGCCUUUUGUGAACUGAACAGGCGGGCGACCGACGACGCCACGGUUCUGCUGAAUGCUGUGGCCGACAGCCGCACCAAUCACGAAGCGAAAAUAGAGUGCAGCUACCUCAUGAACCAUGCUGUGCUUCAAAAGCUGGUCGAUACCUUGGCUGAAACGAGGUUCUUGAGAGACUUGAACCUCAACACCGAUCUACCCGGAGGUGACGGUGCCAGCCUGCUCAAGGCGCUCGCGCGUAACGGCAGCGUCCGUGUCCUAAAGAUUUCGAACUUCGCCUUCAGCGAAAGCGUCAUCCUGUCGCUGGGCCAACUGAUCAGGGACAACCGGUGCAUCAACUUCUUCACCAUUUACUUGGCGGACAACAAGGAGGGUGCGAAGCAAGUGCGGCCAAUCUGCCGCAUGCUAGGCGUGUCCAUUCUACGGAACCGCGCGCUCGUAUCUCUCGAAGUGAAAGUGGGCGGCUACAACUACGCCAAUGAAUUUGCCAUCAAGGCAACUCUACGACGCAACAUGAUGAACGUCCACCAGGCCGCCCGCUUUGUCAACGGCGCCGACGAAAGGAGCGCCAUUGUGGCCUUCGAAGAACUGCAAAACUCGUACUCCCUGACGAAGGUGCUCAUCCAAUACUUCACCAUGCCCGAGGAAGAUGCACUCGCGAUGAUACGCGAUGCCCGCACUCGGCUCGCUGCCGGCUACUUCACCUACACUGGCGUCGUCAUGCGCAGCGUAGCUUGUGAGCCAAACCUCGAAGAGCGACCCACUCUGGAAGCACUCGGAACGAACCUUGUUGCGCGCGUUUGCAGUUAUCUCAACCUGACCGAUGUGGGCCAGACCUAAAGGACCAGAGCAGGGAUUCUCGGCCCUGCCACUUCCAUGGGAUCUGGCUCUCUUAACCCAAUGUCAGCGUCCCUGCAUCCCGAACAUUGGGUGCCUUCUUCUUUACAGACUUUUCGGAGCUUGAGUGCGCAACCUCCA